AUGGGAUUGGUACCUCCCGCCCGCCAACGAAGAGUCGAGGGUACGAACCAGCACCCAGACCGGCCUGAGAAGGGGAGGGGGAGUGAGGGGGAGGAGACGAAGGCUGUGGUUGCUGGGGCUGCGGUUGCGGCGGUGCCUGAGGCGGUAGUGGCUGCGGUGCCUGAGGCUGCUGGGCCACUGUCUCCUGAGGAACGGGAGCGGUCGGCGGAACAGGGACAGACAGGGGACGUGGAGCUGGCUGCGUCCCCGGCGCCGAUGGAGGCGGCUGUGAUUGCCGCGGUCGUGACUGCCGCGGGGAGACGGGAUGGUCAGCCGAACGGCGAGGAAUUGACAGCUGCCGCUGUGUUCGCCGGAACUUCUGUUGCUGGCAAAGACGCAGACAUGCAGGGGCACGGCCAGGCGGCGGGCGAUAGUCAGGGGCCCACAAACGGCGCUCCGGCGCUCCUUCCGGCGUGUCAAAGGCGAAGCCGAAGAGGAAGCUGCGGGUACAGCCAGCGCCGAGACAGCCCGGAGCAGGGCUGGGACCCAGCGCCCCGGGACCCCUCCUGGGCUGGCUUUUGCAAGGGCAGCCGCCACGAGAGUCAGAGCGUCAGGAGCCAUCCCAGGGUUGCGCGCCCGCACUGUCCGCCGCCACGCAAGCAGCUUCGCACGCGCCAACGACACGAACGCCGAACCUGCGCGGAGGUAACGGGGUGGCACAGGCAGCAGCAGUGGCACCAACGGGAGCAGGCGGGGACACUGCGGCAGCAGUAG